GCCGAAUUUUGGCGGCGUGCCGCGAAUAAUCGCGUCGUCCAGGCGACUGGCAGCAUGUUCGAGCGGCAGGUCACGGGCCUCCUCACGCAGCUGCUGGGCAACUACGUGGAGCCACGAAGCUUUCGCCAUGACAAAGUCAACGUUGGUGUCUGGAGCGGCUACGUCGUGUUGCAGGACCUCGAGCUGCAGCCCAAAACGUACGCCGACGUGGCCGUCGUUCGCGGCGUCCUCGGCAGCGUCACGAUCAAGAUUCCGUGGAACCGCCUUGUCUCGGACUCGGUGCUUGUGACCAUCGACGACGUCUACAUCUUGCUGCGCCACGUCGAGCGCUCCGAUCUCGCACCGCCGUCACCGGACGUUGAAGCGCACGUCAAACAGGCGCUCAUCGACGAGCUCUACCGCGCCAAGCUCGAAACCGCAGUCUCGUCCGAUGGCUUUGCGGCCCGCUUGCGCAACAAGAUCCUCGACAACCUCGAGUUCCAUGUCCGGCGCAUCCACGUCCGGCUCGAAGACACUACCAGCGGCGACCACCCGUUCGCGGUCGGCCUCACGAUGGAGUCGCUGCACGUGCAGUCGACGGACGCGCAGUGGCAGCCAACGUACGUCGCAUCGAGUGAGCCUUUCAUCUACAAGAGCGUCGAGCUCAACCACCUCAGCGCGUACCUCAACCCGGACGGCCCGCUUGUCGACGACGCGACCACGUGCUCGCUCGAGACCUUCACCGCGGCCUUUGGUGCGUCCAUUCCCAAGCGCAUGGACGACAGCGUCUCGUCUUCCGCGCAUCAUUUCAUCUUGAAGCCUGUCGACGCCUCCGCGCACCUCAAGGUGAAGCGCGAUGUGACCGACCCGACGACGCCGAGCAUGGACAUCCACGUGCUGAUCGACCACGUGGCGUUGCAGCUCGAAGAGUCGCAGUACUGCGACCUGCUCUUCCUCCUCUCGGCGCUCAAGGUGCCGCAGCAAGCGCGCAAGUACCAAGCGCACCUCGCGUUGCGCCCGACGGCCAAGCACAACCCGCGCGGCUGGUGGCAAUAUGCGAUCGCGUGCGUCCGAAGCGACGUCCGCGCCAAGCGCGAGCGCUGGAGCUGGCUCUACGUCGCCGACCGACGCGCUGACCGCAUCGCGUACAUGGCCCAUUGGCGCCAGCUCCAGUCGCUGGAGCCGGCCGAGGAGGAGCUCAAGAUCACCGACGACCGGCGCGAGCUCAAUGCUGCGCUCCAUGCGAUCGAAGCCCGACGGUCGGUCGAAGACAUCUUGCUGUUUCGGUUCAUGGCCGACCAGGAGCUCAAGAAGAUCGAGGCGCCGCCAUUAGCACCCACGACAGCGUCCAGCUACAGCCUUGGAAGUUUGUACCGGCAGCUCGGCUGGUCGGACGCGCCCAAACCGAGCGCAGACCGCGCCGAGCAGCUCGAACUGUACCGGAUCCUGGGCUACGACCCGGACGCGGCCGAGAAGGACAAGGUGUCGACCGAGUUCACCGUGUUCUCGAUCGAGCUCGGCCACGGGGCUGUCACGCUGCUGAACGACCCUGAGACAAGAGCGUGCCGGCAGAGCGCGUCGUACGGCAGCGUGUAUGCGCCAACGCCGUUCUUCGGCAUCUUCUUCGCGCAGCUGCAGAUGGACGUGGUCGCGCACAACGGCACGAACGUCGACAUCUCGCUGCAGUCGGUCGAGCUCUACGACGAGGCGUCGCCCGAGCUCUCUCAGUUGCUCAAGCGACGGCUGCCCAUGUCGUCGCUCAACGUCGAGAUCACGGUCAAGACGCCGGUGUUUCGCAUGGGCUACCACGCCCAAGACGAACUCCAGACGCUCAAGCUCGUGCUCGAGCCGCUCGAGAUCAUUUACUCGCCGACCGCGCUCUGCUGGGCGCACUGGGCAACGUUUUUGCAAGCGCCCGAGGCGCUCGGGCUCUGGGCCGAACUUGAAGUGCACGCGCUCAACGAACUUGUGAACUUCAAAGCGCGCACCGACGCCAAGCUCGCGUACGCGAUGGCCCACCGCGUGCCCAUGAUGCUCGACGUCCGCGUGCAGGCGCCCGUGAUUGUCGUGCCGGCGUCCGACGCCGAUCCCCAGUGCGCGCGCCUCGUGCUCGAUCUCGGCCACGUGCACUUCCGCACCGAGCGCCUGAGUACGCUCGAAGAUGGACCCAAGGCGUCGCCGUCGCUAAUCGCGAGCAACGCGUUCGCCAAGCAGCUGCUCGACGAGGCCGAGUCGGGGGAAGGCGCGACUCGCUGGAAGGAAGAGUUUUACGACAAGUUUGCGCUCACGAUGAGCAAUCUGCACUUGAUGGUGCUGCCGCCGACGGUCGCGUACUCGCCCGAGAUGCUCUUGGCGUCGACAACGACCCCGUACAGCAUCGUCGAUCCGUUUCAUAUCAACGUGACGCUGCGCAAGUCGGUGCUGCCGCUGGAUGCGACCUUGUAUCGCCUUUAUGUGCACGCAGACUUGCCCGCGCUCUCGAUCCACCUCUCGAUUCCGUCGUACACGCUCUUGACCAAGGUCCUCCACCGCUUCCAACGGUCCAACGCGGGGCCGGCGAUGACGACCGACGUCCCAGCGCCGCCGCCGUCGGUCCUCGCAGCGCGUCUCCACGAGGCAAGCGCUCUCCGGGACGAGACUGAGAGCGUCCAGAGUGACGACACGUGGUUCAGCGUCGAGUACGGGAGCGAGAAGGAAGCGGUGGCACCCCCGGUGUCAUCGCACCGGCCGACGCCGCGCCCCGCCAAGCCGUCGCUGCUCCUCGACCGUCGCAUUUGCGUCUGCACGUUUACCGUGCCGUUGGUGCACAUCAACUUUGUCAAGGGCGACGACGACGUUGACGACGACGAGUUUGGCCACGACAGCGCCGGGCAGGGACGGCUGACGUUCGUCCUCGAAGGCAUCAAGCUCCGAUUGGCCAAGCGGACGCUCUCCACGGCCCUGCGGCUCAAGCUCGCGAGCGUGAGCGUCGAAGACCACACGGAGAACCUCCCGACGCAGUUCCUCGCGUUCUCAUGUGCGACGCCGCUCAACGUGCCGUUCACGGCGUCGGCGCCCCGGGCCGCCAAGCCCAAGCACUUUCUUCGCAAGCGCAGCGCGGCGCAUUUGGCGCUUCAGGACCAGCACCCGCUGCGGGACCUCCUCGACGUCUCGGUGGCCAUCGAAGAGAACGCGCCGAUGCACGUCGACGUCGUCUUUGGCCACUUCCACGUGCAUUUCGACCAGUCGCGGCUCGCGUCGAUCGUGCUGCACAUCCUGCCGCUUCUCCAGUCGCCUUCGGUCGCCGACGACGCGGCCGACACGAUGUUGUACCCGCCGCCGUUGAGUCUCCUCGGCACGUACGAGCCGCUGACCGAGUCGGUGCGGCAGGACCUCGAACGGGCGCGCGUGCACUUGGCCGUCGACGCGCCGUCGUCGCCACCGAGUCCGAUGCGGUUGACGUUGCAGCUGCACUCGGUGUCGGUGUGCUUUAGCGAUCCGCUCGAACACCUCCUCUCGGUCGCCGUCUUGGACGUGACGGUCGAGUACGUCGUGCCCAGUGACGGCGCCCCGCGCCUCGACGGGCGCAUGGGCAACCUCAAGGUCCUCGACUUGCUCUCGCACGACCUCAAGCACGUCAAGAAGAAGGACAAGCGGUACGUCUACCAAGAAGUACUCGGAAAGGUCCCGCUGGCCGACGAGAGCGACGCGCCGCUGUUUCAUUGGCAGCUCCAGCAAGGAUCGCUCGCCCUCAACGUGGCCAAGCUCCGGGCGGUCGUCUCGACGCGCUUCGUGCUCAAGGCGCUGCACUACGUCGGCGACGGGCCGCUCAUGGACAUCUUCUCGACGAGUUCGCCGGCGCCGGCACCGGUCACGAAGCGGCGGCAGCGCGACGUCUUCUUCUCGCCCGCGCUCACGUACCGCGACAUGGCGCCAAAGGACGAACCAGCAAGCGCGCAGUGGAAACUGCACCUGACGAUGGCGCGGCCGUACAUUGUGUUGCCCAUGGUCGAAGCGAGUGACGACGAGGCGUCACCGCCGAUGCUGCACUUGGCCCACGGCCUCGUCUUGGACCUUGGCGACAUUGAUCUCGAGGUGGCGCGCGAAGGCAAGGUGACGACGCUGGCGUACGUGGCCAAAGACAUGCACCUGCGCGUCCUCCACGACGAUUUCGCGCUGCUGCGGCCGCUCAACGUGCACAUCGACGUCGCCGCCUCGUCGCAGCUCAACCUCUCGGUGCGCGUCUCGUCGCUGCACGCGCAGCUCUCGGAGAUGCACGCCGCGCUCGUCGCCGAGUGGUACUAUCAGGUGUGUUUUCCCAUCUUGCGCUACCUCUCGCCGACGAACCCGUCGCCGGCGCCGACACCGACGAUCGCACUGGACGUGGCGUGCGACGUCAUCGGCGUCUCGCUCUACAGCGGCGCGAGCGACGACCAUGUGAUCUACGACCUGUACCCGCGGGUCGCGCUCGAAGUCGAGUGGGUUGCCACCUUGCUGCUGGGGCGCGUCGACGCGCAGCUCAACACGGCGCCGAAUUCCACGCGGCUGUACGUGUCGCUCCAAGAUGUGACACUCCAAGAGGCGACGAUCCACCCGAGUUUGCGGCUCGAGUUCACGGGCUCGUCGGCCACGAAAGACGUCAAGGUGCAGUCCAAAGCGUGGUUCAUCACAGUGGACCCGGCGCUGCUCGUGCGCGUCGGCGACGUGUGCCUGGACGUCGUCGCCAACGUGCAAGCGACGCUCGGGCGCCACUACCACGCCCAAGCGAUGCCGCUCGAAUCGAGUCUGCUGGACCUCGUCUCGUCUUCGGACAUGACGUCCGAGUACCAGUGGACCGAGCGCGGCGGCCGGAGUCGCGCCGAUAGCUUUGCGUCGUCGAUGCUCUUUGACGCGACCGCAACAACGACGGCGCUGCCGACGCCGGUGGUGGUGCUGCCGCCGCCGACGUGGAACGUUCAGGUCGCGAUCGAGCUCGUUCAAGUGCGCUUGGGGCAACUCGCGGUGCAGAGUCAGCUGCAGGCGUCCCGCAACGACGAGCAGCUGCAGUGCCGCCUCGCGCGCCUCACGUGGCUUGUCGCGCAGAGCACGCUCGUCGAGCCGUUGGACGCGACCUUUGGCUUGUGUGACGCGCCGCUCGUCGACGCCCGCUCGAACGCACCAGACGCGAUUCCGACUGCCACGUUGCAGUUGACGCCGGUCGUCUUCCGCCUCCACGUCAAGGACCUCGACGCGUUCCAAGACUCGCUCCAGAUGGCGUCGUCGCUCGCCACGCAGCUCGGGCAGCUGAAACCGGCGCCAACCGAGCCGCCGAUGGACGACGCGCCGACGACGGCUCCGACCGUUGGCCAUGGCGUAUGGGCGCAGGCGCGUCUCGAGCUGUCGAGCAUGGAGUUUCACUUGACCGAGACGGCGCCGCUGCUCUCGAACCACUUGGUCCCGGGGCCGUUCACGCUGUUGCGGACGCCAGACGACACGCAAGUGCAAAUGUCGGUCGAGCUGGAGAUGUGGUACUACAACCGCCGGCUCUUGGCGCGCGAGCCGCUCUUGGAACGGUUUGGCUUGUCGAUCGCAGUGGCGCAGCUGCCGCAGGCGCCGCUGUCGCUGCACAUCGAGAGCACGCAGGAUUUCAAGCUCAAUGUCACGUCGGCGCUGCUGGACGCCGUGUCCUUCUGGAGCCAAAUGGCGCAGCCGUCGGCAUUGGACAUGUCGUCGUGCUACCUGCGCAACCAGACGGGACUGCCACUACGGGUGUUUGGCACACAGAUUGUCCCGGCGGGCGCCGACGUACCACUGCGGUCGGCGAAUGGCGGCACCGUCGCGCAGCUGGCGACGGUGCCGGUCGGUCUCGACGGCUACGUGGCAGUCGCGAUUCCGCUGGGCGAGUGCAGCGUGCGCGCCUACCGCUUCCACCCGCUGUACCCGUCGUCGCCGGCGCUCGAGUGCAACGUCGAGAUCUCGCUGCAGCAAGGCGUCAAGUGGGUCACACUCCAGAGCGGCUAUGUGCUCACGAACACGACGGGCGCCGCGUUGAGCGUCCAGCUCGUGUUUCCGACCAACGGGUUGCUCUUGAGCUCGCCGUACACGACUCUAUUGUCGCCGCACGAGUCGAUGGCGGUGCCGCUCCCGCUCGUCGGUGGCCGCACGACGCAGAUGUUUGUGCAGCCGCCGGGACAGCACCCGUGGACGCUCGUGAAGGAAGGACCUCUGCUGUGCGCCCCCGACUUUGUGGUGUACGUCGUUUCGCGCCCGUCGCCGUUCGGGCGCGUCUUGAGCUUCUGCCCGCCGCUUAUGCUGCACAACGCACUGGCUGUCGAUAUGGAGGUCAAGCUCACGACGGGCGCGUCGUCCGUGAUGGCAACGACCUUCCCAAGCCGCCAGAUUCCGGUCGGCGACAAGCUGCUCUGGCACGGCUCGAGCCGCCAGGACCUCGCGCUGCAGGUGCGGAUCCCGGGUUUUGGCUGGAGCGCGCCGGCGUUCCUUGGCGGCACGACGGUCGUGUCGAUGGCCGACCUCAACCACCGCAGCUUGCUGUACGUCAACCUCGACAUUAGCGACCGCCAGCAGCAGCUGCAAGUGACCGUCUACACGCCGUACUGGGUGCUCAACCAGACAGGUUUGGAUCUCGAGUUCCAGCACGACACGGUCUCGCUCGGGGCCGAGCACCGAGCGGCGUUCAUGGCCGGACAGCCCAAAGCGCACAAGGCCGAGACGAUGCAGACGGCCGAGAGCGUCGUGAUCGUGGCGCCGCCGCCGCCCGAGACGCAGCCGCUGCACCACCGCAAGGCCCACCACCAAAUUCUGCCGUCGAUCGCGCCCAACAAGGGGCUCUUGGAUCUGAUUCCAAAGACGGCGCUGCCGCCCAAGCGACUGCAGACGCUCCUGCACGCGUGCCACACCAACCAAAGCCAGCAGACGCUCAAGCUGCAGUGCCGCGUGCGCAAGAAGGACCCGUGGUCGUCGGUGCUAAACGCGCACCUCUCGAGCACCGCUGAUACGGUGUGCACGAUUCCGGACGGGGACGAGAAGCACUACUCGAUCGGGUACGUCCUCAACCACGGCAGCGGCCUCUACGAGCGCACCCAAGUGCUCACACUUGUGCCCCGGUGUCUCCUGGUCAACGCGCUCGACGACCGAGCAAUCGAGCUCCUCGUCGACGAAGUGACGGGCGCCAACGUCGCGCUCGAGCCGCAAGCCGAGCUGCCGUGGCACCAUGCGUCGACACUGCGCAUUCGGUUUGGGACCCCAGGGUGCGUCUGGAGCGGCGCCGUGCACCUCGAGGCGACGGGUGACCAGACGCUGCGGUUGCGCAACACGCAGACGCGGCUCACGUACCUCUUGCGCGUCUCGAUCAAGCUCGAGGGGCCGCAGUACCGCGUCGUCUUCCGGUCGUCGACCAACGCGCCGCCGUAUCGCAUUGAGAACUUUUCGCUCGAAACCAUCCGCGUGCACCAGUCGCGCGUCCGCAUCUCCGAGAUCUUGCUGCCGCACCAGACGAUCGAGUACACGUGGGACGAGCCGCUCAAGCCGCACCUGCUCAUCGUCGACUUGCUGCCGUCGCAGGCCGACGACAACUCGCGGCCGAUCCGCAUCGGCAUCUUCUCGAUGGAAGAGGUCCAGUCGGCGUUUCCCACCAAGGUGCUCGCGGUCCAAGUGCUCGCUGACGGCCCCACGCGCGUGCUGCGGCUCACGGACCCGCUGCCGACCGGCGUGCCUCGCCUCUUGCCCGAGGCGCCGCCGCCGGGGCUGCGGCAGUACGUGCCGGCGGCGCGACUCGACGUCCACGUCCACCUGCAAGCGGUUGGUGUGAGCUUUGUCGACGCGUCCCCGAUGGAGCUGCUCUACAUCAACUUGGAGCGCGUCGCAGUGACCGCGCUGGCGUCGGCCAAGCACGAGCAGCUGGCCGUGCAGGCGACCGUCGGCGCCAUGCAGAUGGACAACCAAAUGCGGUCGACGCGGUACCCCGUGCUAUUGCAGUGCGUCGACGAUGACGCGCCGUCGCUCGAUGUGACGCUCGUUCGCGAGACGACGUACACGAGCAUCGAGUUUCUCCGGUACGUCGGCGUCCACGUGUCGCCGAUGCGGUGGCGCAUCGACGGCGCGCUCGUCAACGCUCUUCUCCACAUGCUCAUGACGACCGAGGACUCGGGCGAAAGCCAUCGCUUGGCGACGCGCCUCUCGGACGAUGACGCGCUUUUGCGGCACCGACGCGAGCUGGCCGACGCCACGCGCGGUCUCUUGGCCGCCGGUGUCGACAAGCGCCACGGGCUCGGCCAGAAGAAGCUCUACUUUGAAAAGUUUGAGAUCUCGCCGAUCCACGUCACUUUGAGCUUUGCGUCGAGUCCGACGACUUCGUCGUUUGCGCCGUCGAUUGCGAGCGUCCGGCAGAUCAUCCAGGCGGCGAGCAAGACGCUCACCAAGGUCCACAACGCGCCGCUGGUGUGGCGCGCGCUCCGCUGGCAGCACAUGUUUGUGCCCCGAGAGACGAUGCUGCACCAGAUGAGUCUCCACUACCAGCACGAAGCGCUGCGCCAAGCGUACGUCCUCCUUGGGUCCGUCGACGUGCUCGGCAAUCCCGUCAAAGUCUGGCACAACCUCAAGGGCGGCCUCGCGUCGUUCGUUGCUGAGCCGCUUCGAGGCUACGAGACCUUUGGCCUUCAGGGCGCGGGCUGGGGCCUGCUUCGCGGCACGACGCUGCUUCUGCGCGCGCUCGUGUACGCCUUGCUCGACUUCAACACGCGCAUUGCCUCCAGUUGCACGCUCGGGCUCACGGAAGCGUGCCAGCACAUCGACACGUACUCGGGCUACCCGCUGGCCAAGACGCUGUACCAAGGGUUGGCGCAGAGCGUCUCGGGCGUCGUCGUGAGCCCGAUCCACGCGUACCAGCAGCAAGGCUACCGCGGGUUCAUUCCCGGUCUCAUUGCGGGGCUCCUCGGCCUGGGUCUCAAGCCCUGCCGCGGCUUUGCACAGGCCUUCGUGUCGACGACCACGACGCUCCGGGACGGGCUGCAGUACGAUAUCCAGGCGCACGUGAGCCGGAGCCGGCCGCCGCGCUACAUCCACCCGCGCACGCACCUCCUGACCGCAUUUUCGUACUUGCACGCGACGGGCGAAGACAUCAAGUUCAACAUUGAGCACGCGCGGCUGGACGACUACGUCGGGCACGUCAUGCUCAUCGAGAGCCGCAAGUGCAUCCUCGUGACCAAGCACCGCGUCAUGUGCCUUCAGGUGCACUGGAACGCAUCGCUCUUGAACCCGUACAGCAUCGUCUGGGAGGUGCUCAGCGACGAACUCAUCCUCGUGGCCUUUGGGACCCCCAUCGUGCUCUACUACAAGCCCGACGACGCCUGGACCGGUGCAGAUUUGGUGGUGCGAACACAGAAGAUCGACGUCCCGCUCAAGCAAGCGACGUUUGUGUACUCGAUGCUGCAGCAAGUGACCCCGACGCUGCUCAACCAGGUCGACCACGAGGUCACCAAGCGCCAGUACCCGCUCUUUGUGAACCACGCCAAGUAGAUGGUUGAGAUCCAUUUGGAAUGACUAGAAGCGCUGCAUUGCUCUUAGUUCUCUUGGCGUGCAUACGCUAGCUUCGUCGGAGAUAACACGUUCACCAUUGCGCAA